GAGGCUUUCCAGCCCGAUGCUAUCAGUGCUUUAGGAAGACCAGGAUUUAUUUGUGGGGCUGCAGUGCUGGCAGUGAGAUAUGGGCAGGGAAUGGGACAGAAGGGUUGGGGAAAAUGCUCUGUCCUGGUAAUGCAGCAGCCUUGGCAGAUGUACCGGACCAUGUCUGGAAAGUCCCCAUCCCACAGUAAGAGUGCAUCCAGACUGUGCGCCCUGGGCUGGAAAGCGCUGGGAGCACAAGGUUCAGCUCCUCUGCUCUCCUUCCAUCAGGCUCAAGUAAUAUGGGAAGUAAUACAGCUCCAUACGUGGUGAGAGGGACCAGGAGAGGCCAUAGAUAGGUCAAGAGUGUCCAUAGCUGGGCCAGAAGAGCCUGUAGCCAGGCCAGGAGUCUGAUGGCCUCUCCCCAAAAGAAAGGUGAAUUAUGUCUCGUCUUGACAGGUGCUGGGAGGCAGGAGGCGUGGUUUCUCACCUUCACAUUCUUGAUCCUGUUUUUCUGCCUUUCCUCCUUUCCGCACAGGGACAAAUCAGAUUUGGAUCUGACUCACUAUUCGUAGAGGUGAGGCUCGGAGGGCUCCUGGCUCUGCCUCAGCUCGUCUGUGGUGAAAAGCAGUGCUUACAGCUCAGGAUUGAGCCCUCAGGUAAAUUACACCCUAGUGGAAGAAAGGAUUAGGGGAGAAGUGACCCGUGGCACUCCUGGCUGCACAGAGCAGAGAGGAUAACAGCUUGGCAAGAGCGGACCUGAGGAAAGAAGGAAUCCAUCCUACUGAAGCUGACCCAACAGAGAACCAUGAUGUGGCUGUUCAUCGCCAUUACUUACUUAAUCUGUACUACUGAAAGUUCCAGUGCAAGCCCUGAGGUGUCUAUGGACGUUGGUGAAAUUGUUCACUACCACGGGUACCCCUAUGAGGAGCAUGAAGUGGUGACAGAAGAUGGCUAUUACCUUACCUUACAGAGGAUUCCUCAUGGCAAAGAUAAUUCUGGAAGCUCGAGUGCCUCCCAUGAAGCAGAAACACCGGGAUCCAGCAUGUUCUGCCACCCUCCUAAACCUGCAGUGCUCCUGCAGCAUGGCCUGGUGUUGGAGGGCAGUAACUGGGUUACAAACCUGCCCAACAGAAGCCUGGGCUUCAUCCUUGCGGAUGCUGGCUAUGAUGUCUGGAUAGGAAACAGCAGGGGGAACAGCUGGUCACGAAAGCACAAAGAGUUUGAAUUUCACAGUGAGAAAUAUUCAUCUUACAGCUUUCAUGAGAUGGCCAUGUAUGAUCUUCCAGCAACAAUCAACUAUAUUCUGCAGAAAACAGGACAGGAGCAGUUAUACUACGUGGCUUAUUCUCAAGGCACUACCACAGGUUUCAUUGCAUUUUCUUCCAUUCCUGAGCUGGAUCGCAAAAUUAAGAUGUUUUUUGCCCUGGCUCCUAUCACCACAAGUUCAAAUAUGAAGUCACCCUUGGUCAGAGUGUUUGAUCUUCCUGAGGGUCUGAUUAAGCUCAUCUUAGGACGCACGGUGGUCUUUGAUAAGGAUGAGAUCCUGAAGCAAGUGACAUCCCAUUUGUGCAGCUACACGCUCUUUAAAAGCUUUUGCUCCUUGGUCCUGUACUUGCCUGGUGGGUUCACCAACAGCUUAAACGUGAGCCGCAUAGAUGUCUACCUGUCCCACUACCCUGAUUCAACAUCCCUAAAAAACAUGUUACAUUGGCGCCAGCUCUAUCAAACAGGGGAAUUCAAAUAUUAUGAUUAUGGCAGUGACAACAUGCUUCACUACAACCAGAGCACGCCGCCCUUCUAUGAGCUGGAAAAUAUGAAAGCACCACUUGCUGCAUGGUUUGGUGGCAAGGACUGGAUUUCUGCCCCUGAAGAUGUAAAUAUAACACUGCCUCGUAUAACCAACGUGGCGUACAAAAAGUACAUUCCUGAAUUUGUCCACUUUGAUUUUCUUUGGGGUAUGCAAGUAUAUGAACAAAUAUACAAAGAAAUUCUUGAACUGAUGAAGAAGAAUGCCUAGAGGUGGGAUAGUCACAGUAAUUGCUGAUUUCUCCUUUACCUUUGGGUAUUUUCUCCUUUACCUUCUUUAUGUGAAAAAAAAAGGGGAGAGGGGGUUGGGGAAAGGGGGAAGGGUCAUUGAGGUGCUGCACUUGUGGGUUUAUGUCAGUCUGGCAAGUGAGGAAAAUUGGCUAAUCCAAUGAUCAUAGAAUUGUGUAGGAUUUAAGUUAAGUAAGUAGGUAGAGAUCCUUGAAGGAGUUGGGCAUGGCCUUUGGGCUCCGAGCCUUUCAUGCUCAUGGAUUUCCAGACAGAAGCAGUUUCUGUGGAGCUCCUGACCAGUGUUUGGGCUCUGGAUGUUCCCAGCUGCAAACAGCAGCACAGCUCUGCUCUGUCCUGGAUGCUGAUGUUUCACCAGUUGGGAUCACUGUCCCAAGAAGCUAGAAGCUAUCUGCCCGGUGACAAUUACAAGAGCUGGAAGAUGCUGAUGCGGAUAAGCCUAAACUUGAUCAUGCGUAACAGGGUUUUCAAUGAGAUCUACCAAGAAAGACCACUUUGCAUCCUUUUAAGUACUAUUCCCAGGGUACAGUCCCAGGUGGAAAAUUCAGUUUUGCUGAAUUUCAGGAAAUGCUGUUGUCUUCCUCAUGUGUAAGAGAGAAGAAGAGUCUGGUGGAAGCCUAUAAUGAGUCCAACUCUGUUUUCAGCUUCUGGAUUACACUCUGUGGUAAGAUACUGAUUAGGGGAAGAAUUGUGAAUUUGCCUGUUUGUGUAAUUAUAUCUUAAAAUAUGUCUAGGAGGAAGCAUGGCAAAGGAUAAGGCCCUUUUUCCAAAUACAUGUAUAAAAAUUAAUAAUAAAGUAAGAUAGGGUCCACCGGGCUCUGUGUGAUUGUACUGCCUUAAACCUCUGGGGCAACAUGGAGAUUUUCAGCACAGAUCUCUUGCUGCAUGAGGGUGAGGGACGAGGCAAGUUGCAGGCAGCAGUCUGGAGGCUUAGAAAGGAUAAGGAGCACAACAUGGCCACUCUCCAAAGACAAACUGUGGGUCCAAGCAGCAUGCUUUCACCCAAGUAUCUGGAAAGGGUGGGAUGGGGCUGCUGAUGCACAUUGCUUUCGGCAAGCUGCAGCAGAGUCUGUUAGAGUCUAAGGAAAUCAUCAAAAGUAUAAAGAUGUUCACUUUCUAUCCCUAGAGCUAGUACUGACAAACAGGACUGGUCAAGGUGUUCUUGAGGUGUAGCAAACAAGCUAUAGGUUACAUAUGAUCUAUAGAUUAAUGGAACCAUUGAAUGGUUUGGCUGAAGGACAUUACUGAAUAUCUACCUACUAAUCCUGCCAUGGGCAGGGACAUCUCCCACCUGACCAGGUUGCCCAGGACCACAUCUAGCCAGGCCUUGAGACCCUCCAGGGAAGGAGCAUCCACAACUUUUCUGGGCAGCCUGUUCCAGGGCCUCACCAUCCUCUGAGUAAAGUUUUUCUUCCUCAUAUUUAAUCUAAAUCUCCACACUCUUAGUUCAAAGCUGUUACCCCUUAUUCCAUCAUUACACUCCCUGAUAGACUCCCUCUCAAGGUUUCCUGUAGGCCCCUUUAGGUACUGGAGGGAGCUAAAGUGAUUAGCUACCUCACUUUUUAUUUUUGUAAUGACACCCUUUUCUGUGUAAUUAGUUAUUUCGUGCUGGGCUCUGCCUUAAAGCAGCAUUCCUCCAGUAAUGCAUUGUGUUCAUGCAGUGAAUGAGCAUGCAAACACAUGAAGAGUUUCCUACCCUUGCAA